UUGAGAAGUGCUCCCUGCUCAAGGAUUAAGCCAAAGGAAAAAUCCAGCAGCAGCAGAACUGUGGGUUUCUUACCCAGCCCUCAGGAAAGUUAUGCCGUGAAAAGGCUUUGACCCAUUGACACAGCAAGUUGGACAGGGUAGCAAUUUUUCUGUGGGGUGGAGGAAAAGAGGGGAAUUCUCUUGUUCGUGGUGUUUGAAGGAUGGCUUCCCAGUUUCAUCAGCUUCGGGUCCUGAUCUGGAAAAAUUGGCUAGGUGUCAAAAGGCAGCCGCUUUGGACUCUUGUCUUGAUUUUAUGGCCAGUCAUUAUUUUCAUAAUUUUGGCUAUUACCCGGACCAAAUUUCCUCCAAGAGCAAAAUCAACGUGUUACCUUGCACCUCGAAAUCUUCCUAGUACUGGCUUCUUCCCGUUCCUGCAAACCCUACUCUGUGACACAGACUCUAAAUGCAAAGACACACCCUAUGGUCCAAAAGAUCUGCUUCGUAGGAAAGGAAUUGAUGAUGCACUAUUUAAGGACAGUGAAAUUCUGAGAAAGUCAUCCAACCUGGAGAAGGACAGCAAUUUAUCACUCCAGAGCACCAAAGUUCCAGAAGGAAGGCACACAUCACCAGCCAUAGUAUUUCCCAGUCCAAGUUCUGUUUUGGAAAAUACUGGAACAGAUACUUUCAAUGGCAGUCAAGUCCUUGCCCGGAUCCUUAGUUUGGAAAAGCUGUUAGAGGAAAAUUCAACUUCAGAAGACAUACGAAGAGAACUGUGUGAGAACUAUCCAGACUAUACCACUCAUUAUGCCUUCUCUUGGACAACUCUAGGAAAAAACGUUUUUAACAAAUUUUGUCUAUCCAAUAUGACCUUUUUAGAGUCUUCGCUCCAUGAACUAACAAACCAGUUCUCUCAGAUAUCAAGUAAUCCCAGUAACCAGAAGACAGUAUUUCAGGACAUGGUCAAAAUGCUGUCCUUCUUCUCACAAGUCCAAGAGCAGACGGCUGUGUGGCAGCUUCUUUCUAGUUUUCCAAAUGUGUUCCAGAAUGAUACAACACUAAGCAGUCUACUUGAUGUUCUUCAAAAUGCAAACAGUGCGCUGCAGGUGGUGCAAAAGGUUUAUCCACAUGUCACAACUAACGAAGGUUUCAAAACUCUCCAUAAAUCUGUUAAACAUCUGCUGUACACUCUGGACUCCCCAGCUCAAGGUGGCCGUGAUAAUGUGACGCAUGUGUGGCGUGAGGAAGAUGGGCAGUUACUCUCCCCAAGCAGCCUGGCUGCACAGCUUCUAAUACUGGAAAACUUUGAAGAUGCUCUCUUAAAUAUAUCAGCAGAUAGUCCUUAUAUUCCUUACUUGGCAUGUGUGAGAAAUGUCACUGGCAAUUUGGCCAGGGGAUCACAAGAAAAUUUAAGACUCCUGCAGUCCAUAAUUUCAUUUAAAAAAUCUUUUCUUCAAAAUGGUUUUUAUGAGGAUUACUUUUCUUCAGUUCCUGAAGUCCUGAAAUCAAAACUCUCUCAACUUCGAAACUUGACCGAACUUCUUUGUGAAUCUGAAACUUUCAGUUCAAUAGAGAGAAUGUGCCAGCUCUCUGACGUGAACUUUAGGGACCUAUGUGAAGAAAGUGCAUUUCAUGUGCAGCUCCUCGAAGCAGCAGAGCUUGGCACCGAAAUAGCAACCAACUUACUGUACCAUGACAAUAUUAUAUCUAAAAAACUGAGGGAUUUGCUUACUGGGGAUCCAAGCAAAAUGAAUUUAAAUAUGGAUUGGUUGCUAGAACAGGCACUGCAAAUGAAUUACUUGGAAAAUAUCACACGGUUAAUGCCAAUCAUGGAAGCCAUGCUGCAUGUCAAUAACAGCGCAGACCCUUCUGAAAAACCAGGUCAGUUAAUAGAAAUGUUUAAAAAUGUUGAAGAGCUGAAGAAAGAACUGAGGAGAACGACAGGCAUGUCCAAUAGGAGUAUUGAGAGUCUGCUGGCCCUUCCUAUCCCUGAUAACAGAGCUGAGAUUAUUUCUCAUGUGUUCUGGUUGCAUUCUUGUGAUGCUAAUAUGACCUAUUCCAAAAUGGAGAAUGCAAUGAAGGAAUUCUGCAGCCUGCCUCUUCCAGAAAGAUCCCGGCAGUCUUACCUCAUUGAACUCACCCUCCUGCACUACUUGGACAUUUACAACUUCACAUACAAGGUGUUUUUCCCUAGGGAAGAUCAAAAGCCAGUAGAAAAGAUGAUAGAACUCUUCAUGAGGCUAAAAGAGGUUCUCAAUCAGAUGGCUUCCGGCACACAUCCGCUGCUAGAUAAAAUUACAUCCCUGAGACAAAUGCAUCUGCCCAGAAGUGUUCCAUUAACACAGGCAAUGUACAGAAGCAACCGGAUGAACACACCCCAAGGAUCAUUUAGCACCAUCUCCCAAGCAUUGUGUUCCCAAGGAAUCACCACUGAAUAUUUAAUUGCCUUGCUGCCCUCUUCUCAAAGGCAAAAAGGCAACCACACCAAGGAUUUUUUGACUUAUAAAUUAAGCAAAGAACAGAUUGCUUCCAAAUAUGGAAUUCCCACACAUACCACACCAUUUUGCUUCUCCCUUUAUAAAGACAUCAUUAAUAUGCCUGCUGGACCUGUGAUUUGGGCUUUCUUGAAACCUAUGUUAUUGGGAAGAAUUUUGUAUGCACCAUAUACCCCUGUCACAAAGGCAAUAAUGGAAAAGGCUAAUGUAACUCUGAGGCAGCUGGCAGAACUAAGGGAGAAAUCUCAAGAGUGGAUGGAUAACUCACCACUUUUCAUGAAUUCUUUCCACCUGUUAAACCAGACGAUUCCCAUGCUCCAGAAUACUCUAAGGAACCCCUUUGUGCAAGUUUUUGUGAAAUUCUCUGUGGGACUCGAUGCUGUUGAACUAUUGAAACAGAUAGAUGAACUCGAUAUUCUAAGACUGAAAUUAGAAAACAGCAUUGACAUCAUUGAUCAGCUCAACACACUAUCUUCCCUGACAGUAAAUAUUUCCUCCUGUGUAUUAUAUGACCGUAUUCAGGCAGCAAAAAGCAUAGAUGAAAUGGAGAGAGAGGCCAAAAGGCUUUACAAAAGCAAUGAACUCUUUGGAAGUGUUAUUUUUAAGCUUCCUUCUAACAGAAGCCGGCACAGAGGCUAUGACUCUGAAGAUGUAUCUCUUCCUCCUGUCAUAAAAUAUACCAUCCGCAUGAGUCUCAAGACUGCACAGACCACAAGAAGCAUAAGGACCAAGAUUUGGGCCCCGGGGCCACACAAUUCUCCAUCACAUAACCAGAUCUAUGGCAGGGCUUUUGUUUACUUACAGGAUAGUAUUGAGAGAGCAAUCAUUGAAUUGCAGACUGGAAGAAACUCCCAGGAAGUAGCCGUCCAGGUCCAGGCAAUUCCAUAUCCCUGCUACAUGAAAGACAACUUCCUAACCAGUGUCUCUUAUUCUCUUCCAAUUGUGCUCAUGGUUGCCUGGGUUGUAUUUAUAGCCGCAUUUGUAAAAAAGCUUGUUUAUGAGAAAGAUCUCCGGCUUCAUGAGUACAUGAAGAUGAUGGGUGUGAAUUCCUGCAGCCACUUUUUUGCCUGGCUUAUAGAGAGUGUUGGAUUUUUACUGGUGACCAUCGUCAUCCUCAUCAUUAUACUCAAGUUUGGCAAUAUUCUCCCUAAAACAAAUGGGUUCAUUUUGUUCCUGUAUUUUUCGGACUAUAGCUUCUCAGUUAUUGCCAUGAGCUAUCUCAUCAGUGUCUUCUUUAAUAACACCAACAUUGCAGCCCUGAUUGGAUGCCUCAUCUACAUCAUUGCCUUUUUUCCAUUUAUUGUUCUGAUUACAGUUGAGGAUGAGUUGAGCUAUGUAAUAAAAGUAUUCAUGAGUCUGCUGUCCCCAACAGCAUUCAGUUAUGCAAGUCAGUACAUUGCAAGAUAUGAGGAGCAAGGCAUUGGUCUUCAGUGGGAAAAUAUGUACAGUUCCCCAGUUCAGGAUGACACCACCUCAUUUGGCUGGCUGUGCUGUCUAAUCCUAGCUGAUUCUUUAAUUUAUUUCCUUAUUGCUUGGUAUGUCAGGAAUGUGUUUCCAGGUACAUAUGGUAUGGCAGCUCCAUGGUAUUUUCCAGUCCUUCCUUCCUAUUGGAAGGAGCGAUUGGGAUGUAUAGACGUGAAACAUGAGAAAAGCAAUGGCCUUAUGUUUACUAAUAUCAUGAUGCAGAACACGAACCCAUCUGCUAGUCCUGAGUACAUUUUUCCCUCCAACAUUGAGCCUGAACCUAAAGAUCUCACAGUUGGGGUUGCCCUGCAUGGGGUCACAAAGAUCUAUGGCUCGAAAAUUGCUGUUGAUAACCUCAAUCUGAACUUUUAUGAAGGACACAUUACUUCAUUGCUGGGGCCCAAUGGAGCCGGGAAAACUACUACAAUCUCCAUGUUGACUGGGCUAUUUGGAGCCUCAGCAGGUACCAUCUUUGUUUAUGGAAAAGAUCUCAAAACAGACCUACACACUGUACGGAAGAACAUGGGGGUCUGUAUGCAGCACGAUGUCUUGUUUAGUUACCUCACUACCAAGGAACACCUGCUCUUAUAUGGCUCCAUCAAAGUUCCUCACUGGACUAAAAAGCAGCUGCACGAGGAAGUAAAAAGGACACUAAAAGAUACUGGACUGUAUAGCCAUCGUCAUAAGAGAGUUGGAACAUUGUCAGGAGGAAUGAAGAGGAAGUUAUCCAUAUCUAUAGCUCUUAUCGGUGGAUCACGGGUAGUCAUUUUGGAUGAACCAUCCACUGGAGUUGACCCAUGUUCUCGCCGAAGCAUUUGGGAUGUUAUAUCCAAGAACAAAACUGCCAGAACAAUCAUUCUGUCGACGCACCAUUUGGACGAAGCUGAAGUGCUGAGUGACCGCAUCGCCUUCCUGGAGCAGGGUGGGCUGCGCUGUUGUGGGUCACCAUUUUACCUCAAGGAAGCAUUUGGUGAUGGGUACCACCUCACGCUCACCAAGAAAAAGAGUCCAAACCUAAGUGCAAAUACAACAUGCGACACGACGGCCGUGACAGCAAUGAUCCAAUCACACCUCCCUGAAGCCUACCUCAAGGAGGACAUCGGGGGAGAGCUGGUGUAUCUGCUCCCUCCAUUUAGCACCAAAGUCUCAGGGGCCUACCUGUCACUCCUGAGGGCACUGGACAAUGGCAUGGGUGACCUCAACAUCGGGUGCUACGGUAUUUCAGACACCACCGUGGAAGAGGUCUUUCUGAACUUGACUAAACAGUCACAAAAAAAUAGCAGUAUGAGUCUUGAGCACUUAACACAAAAGAAAAUUGGAAAUCCCGGUACCAAUGGCAUCUCAGCUCCCGAUGAUUUAUCUGUGAGCAGCAGCAGUUUUACAGACAGAGAUGACAAAAUCCUGACGAGGGGAGAGAGGUUGGGUGGUUUUGAUCUGUUACUGAAGAAGAUCAUGGCUAUCCUCAUUAAGAGGUUCCACCACACCCGCAGGAACUGGAAAGGUCUCAUUGCUCAGGUUAUCCUCCCCAUCGUCUUUGUCACCACUGCCAUGGGCCUUGGCACACUGAGAAAUUCUAGCAACAGUUAUCCAGAGAUCCAGAUCUCCCCAUCUCUCUAUGGUACCUCUGAACAGACAGCCUUCUAUGCGAAUUCUCACCCAAGCACACAAGCCCUGGUCUCAGCACUAUGGAACUUCCCUGGCAUCGACAACAUGUGUUUGAACAUCAGUGAUCCAAGGUGUUUAAAGGAAGACAGUCUGGGAAAAUGGAACACCAGUGGGGAGCCUAUCACUAAUUUUGGUGUUUGCUCCUGCUCAGAAAAUAUCCAGGAGUGUCCUAAAUUUAACUAUUCUCCACCUCAUAGAAGAACUUAUUCUUCUCAAAUAAUUUACAACCUCACUGGGCACCGCUUGGAAAAUUAUCUUAUAUCAACUGCUAAUGAGUUUAUGCAAAAGAGGUAUGGAGGUUGGAGUUUUGGGUUGCCUUUGACUAAAGACCUUCGUUUUGAUAUAACAGCAGUUCCUGCCAAUAGAACACUUGCUAAGGUAUGGUAUGAUCCAGAAGGCUAUCACUCACUUCCAGCUUACCUCAACAGCUUGAAUAAUUUCCUCCUGCGAGUUAACAUGUCAAAAUACGAUGCUGCCCGACAUGGCAUCAUCAUGUAUAGUCAUCCCUAUCCAGGAGUGCAAGACCAAGAACAAGCCACAAUGAGCAGCUUAAUCGAUAUUUUAGUGGCACUCUCCAUCCUGAUGGGCUACUCUGUCACCACGGCCAGCUUUGUCACCUAUGUUGUAAGGGAGCAUCAGACCAAAGCCAAGCAGCUGCAGCACAUCUCAGGCAUUGGUGUGACAUGCUACUGGGUGACAAACUUCAUUUAUGACAUGGCCUUCUACUUGCUACCCGUAACAUUUUCAAUUGGUGUCAUUGCAAUUUUCAAGUUACCUGCCUUCUACAGUGGAAACAACCUAGGCGCCGUAUCUCUCCUGCUUCUGCUGUUUGGGUAUGCCACAUUUUCUUGGAUGUACUUGCUGGCUGGGCUCUUCCAUGAAACAGGAGUGGCUUUCAUCACUUACGUCUGCAUCAACCUCUUUUUUGGCAUCAAUUCCAUUGUUUCCCUGUCAGUGGUAUACUUUCUUUCCAAGGAAAAGCCUAAUGAUCAGACUUUAGAACUUAUUUCUGAAACCCUCAAGCGCAUUUUCCUGAUUUUUCCACAAUUCUGCUUUGGCUAUGGUUUGAUUGAACUUUCUCAACAACAGUCGGUCCUAGACUUCUUAAAAGCAUAUGGAGUGGAAUACCCAAGUGAAACCUUUGAGAUGGAUAAACUAGGUGCAAUGUUUGUGGCUUUGGUUUCUCAGGGCACCAUGUUCUUUUCCUUGCGGCUCUUAAUCAAUGAAUGGCUAAUAAAGAAAUUCAGACUCUUCUUCAGAAAAUUUAAUUCUUCACCUGUAAUGGAGAAAAUAGAUGAAGACGAAGAUGUGCAGGCUGAGAGAUUCAGAGUGGAGAAUGGUGCAAGUGAAUUUGACCUGGUCCAGCUGCAUCGUCUCAGAAAGACCUACCAGCUGAUCCACAAGAAGAUUAUAGCUGUAAACAAUAUCAGCAUUGGGAUACCCGCUGGGGAGUGCUUUGGCCUUCUUGGGGUGAAUGGAGCAGGAAAGACAACUAUCUUCAAGAUGCUGACAGGAGACAUAAUUCCUUCAAGUGGAAAUAUUCUGAUAAGAAAUAAAACUGGCUCCCUGGGUCAUGUUGACUCACACAGCUCCCUGAUUGGAUACUGCCCUCAGGAAGAUGCCUUAGAUGACCUGGUGUCUGUGGAGGAACACCUGUAUUUCUACGCCAGGAUACAUGGAAUUCCAGAAAAAGAUAUUAGAGAAACUGUACAUAAACUCCUUAGGAGACUUCACCUGAUGCCCUACAAGGACAGAGCUACCUCUUUGUGCAGUUAUGGCACAAAAAGAAAAUUAUCCACCGCACUGGCCUUGAUAGGGAAACCUUCCAUUCUCCUGCUGGAUGAGCCGAGCUCUGGGAUGGAUCCUAAGUCGAAACGGCAGCUCUGGAAGAUCAUUUCAGAAGAAGUGCAGAAUAAAUGUUCCGUCAUCCUCACAUCUCACAGCAUGGAAGAAUGUGAGGCUCUCUGUACCAGGUUGGCCAUUAUGGUGAAUGGAAGAUUCCAAUGUAUUGGAUCUUUGCAGCAUAUAAAGAGCAGGUUUGGACGAGGAUUUACUGUCAAGGUUCACUUGAAAAAUACCGAAGUGAGCAUGGAGGCCCUCACAAGGUUUAUGCAACUGCACUUUCCAAAAACAUACUUAAAAGAUCAGCACCUCAGCAUGCUAGAGUAUCAUGUGCCAGUCACAGCGGGAGGAGUAGCAAACAUUUUUGAUCUGCUAGAAACCAACAAGGCUGCUUUAAAUAUCACAAAUUUCUUAGUGAGUCAGACUACCCUGGAAGAGGUUUUCAUCAACUUUGCCAAAGACCAAAAGUCCUAUGAAACUGCUGAUACCAGUAGCCAAGUUUCCACCAUAAGCGUUGACUCACAGGAUGACCGGACAGAACUGUAAUACCACCAGCAAAAUCAAGCUCAGCAAAUGGCCAAUGGCUUCCUUUUAAAGAAGAGCCACAGAAGAUACUGCUUCCUCAAACUAUCUUCAUUUUAAAGUCGUAUACUCUAUGGAAGGUACAAUUGUGUAAGAGUAGCAAGUAACUAACUGUAAGUGGAAAGUUUUUUUUCUAAAGUCAGUGAAUGUUGCUACCGAAAUGAAUUUUGGUAAACUCAAUACUCUGAGUGUGCUAAUGUAUAUAUUGGUGGUUACAAUGCAAAGGGGAAACCAUUUGAAGAUAAAUGUCUUAAUUUAUUACUUUUAAUAAAAAGACAGCUUAAAAGGCAUGGUUAUUAGUAGCUGAAAAGUAAGAGUGGAGAAGAAAAGUAAGAUAAUUUGGGGUAGAUAGAAUUAGGAGAACAAACAAAAUAAUUUAUUUCCAGAAAGCAACAGAAUGAGCAUCAUCAUCAGGCACAGAUUAACAAUGGCAGGAAGCAGUGGGCACAAGGUCUGCAAUAUACGUGGUAUGUCAUUUUCAGUGCCUGUAAAUAUGUGGGGAUAUGCUGAACCCCAAAAGAGUGCCUUUCCACAGGAAUGCCAUAGGAGACAGUUUACCCUGGUGGUAAACAGAACUUUGAUUUAUUCCUGCCAGGCCUUAACAGUAGGAAAGUAGCAAAAGCUACUUGUUCUUCACGGGGGAAAUGGGUGUGUCAGCUGAACAGAUACAAAUCCUAAAAACUGAUAGGAAAUGCAUGUGCUGCCGGCAACAUUUUUUUAAGCUCUUACAGAAACCCUCAUAUUGUGGGUCUCUCUUGCAGGAAACAUUCCUGUGGAGAGAAAAUGAAUAUGGAGAUAAAUUUCAGCUAAUCACCUGGCUAACCCAGAAUCAUGCAUAUGGCUAUAGGAUAGACUUCAUAAUAAUGCCAAAUUAUAUGGCCCUUGGGGAUGGGGUUUUAUGUAACGUGUGUGUGUGUGUUUUGUGUACGUGUGUGUGUGUGUAUGCACAUUUGUCAACUUUGGCACGAUUGUAUUGGUUUCAAAAACCAAUAAAUUCAAAGUUUAGGAAAAUAAUUCAUGAAGUCAUUUCAUUUGUUAGAGAAGAUUCAGGAACCUAAAAAUUGGAGUCAUACGACCUACAUGGUCCCAUGUGAUCAGGUCCCUGCUCACCUCUCCACCUUCAUUCCUUUCUUUGUCUUCUUCUUCUUUAGGGUAUGGCCAUGCUGGCCUCUUUUCAGUUUUUCCAGGGCACCAAACCCCUUCCCAUCUCUAGACCCACUACUUGAAAUGUUCUUCCCUCCUCUUUGUUGCUAGACUAUGCUAAAAGUCCUCAGAAAUGUUAAUCUUUCUCACAGAAGCUUUCCUUUUCUACUUCCUCAGUUUAAGUCCAGUCCCUCUGUUUUAAUACUGUAUUUUAUUGUACCUCCUACUUUUCUGUCAGAACAUGCAUCCUAAUUUGUAACAUAUCCAGACUAAAAAUACACAUCUUAACAGAUGGCAAUAAAAUUUCUCUUAGGAUAGAAAAAGCCUGUAUUGAGUAUAAUAUGUAGAUAAGGCUUUCAGAGAAGAAGUUGUAACUCAGAGAGCAUGGAUGUCUUCAGGAGCCCAAAUGACAAAAAAGGUGGUCAGCCUCCAUGAAAGAAUAAAAGGAUUUGUUUAUUGUU